GAUGUAAACACAGACCGAGAGUCAUUAUUUGUAUACUUUUAGUGCUGUUCACACCGAUUUUGGCUUAAUAUCAUUCAGUAUUUGUAAAAUAAUAUAAGUAGUUUUAAAAAAUGGAAUUCGACGGGGACAGUGCGGGGUCCAUAGAGUCAUUUUUCAGUAGGCUGCAGAGCAGCGAAUCUUCACCACGAAAUCUCAGCCAGAUAUUCGAGGAUGACCUCCUGCCAAUGCGAAAGGAAUCGCGUAACCUGCGCUACCAGCCGGGCGGCCACAGACCCCAGCAGCCGCAGCCGUCAUCGACCACGAAGAGCGGUGGUGAAGUGUCCUCGGCGAGCGAAAGCGUUGCAGUUGAGCAUAAACCCAGCUGUUGGAAGGUUGUAUUCGCCAAAGUUGUUAAUAUCUAUAAUGACUGCAGGCCCCUGAAGCGGAUGGGCCUGGCUCUGACCAUGCUCGGCGACAAUGAGGCGGUCACCAUGAUCCUCUACAAGCAGAAGACCCAGAUGAUGAGCAACACGAAAGUGAAGCCCAGCGGUAGCACCAUCUACUUACAGGAUCAUUAUUUGCAAUUUUACGACGAUAGCAGAAAGUUCUGGAGUUUGCGAUUCGUGUACCAGGCGGACGAAGAAGAAUUUAUCCAGACAAUGACCAGCAAUGGCUGGCCGCUGGAGCAGCGCACUUCCAACUCCGAGGUCGAUGUGGAACAGAACACCUCCAGAUCAGAGGGUGAUGUGGAGCAGCAGCUGCACGCUUCCAGUUCGGAGGAAGAUGUAAAGCAGCUAAGCGAGAAUAACAUGGAGCCACGGAGCGAGCAGAACAAGGACCAGCAGAACCCAGCAGAUCGCAGACAUUCCAGAAAUAUUGACGAACACCUGGAGCUGCCCCCGCAGCCAAAGCCACGUUCGCGCAACCUUGCCACAUUCCAGAAAGAAUCAAAUCAAAGAACCGUCGUCUGCAGGCACUGCCUAUGCCGUUUGGGCUGCGAGGACAGUCAACCGAUUUGUGAACAGAUUCCCGAGGAGGACGUGAUAGUCACACCCAUGUCCAGACCCAUCGGCAGUACCUGUACGAAUACAUCAAUGGAAAAUCAGUGCAGCAGUGCAAACGCUAUUGUUAAAUUGCAAGCGAAACAAGCCGAGUCCCCCUCCGCCACUCUACUGACCAAGUUCUUGGACACGCAUUCGAGUCCAGGAGAUAUCGCUAAAAUGAAGAUGCAAAACAUUUUCGAUGCCAUGCAAAGAGUGUCUGAUGGUGGCCAUCGGAAAAAUAUUAAUGACGCCCAGUACGAAGGUACGCCAAAGCCACAACCCAGGACGACGUCAAAGACUGAGGAUGCUGAGGAUAGAUUGCUGGAGCUGGAGCAGCUCUUGUUGGAUGCCAAGAAGGAAAAUAGGGAGUUGGUAAAAGAGCUGAAAAGACGCGAUGAGGAUCUACGUAGUUUCCAAACCUCAUCGCUUACGUUGUUGGAAAAGGUGCUAGUCUCUAAUGACGAUUUAACCGAGAAAAAUGCUCGUCUUCUGGACACCGCCAUGGGUGAUAUGAAGGCGACGAAGCAAGUGAAUUGCGUCAAUUGUGAGCGCUCCGCCCAGGAGAUUGCCUUCCUAAAGCGUAAGAUAACCGCUCUGGAGCUGGCACUGCGGGAAUAUGAGUGAUGUCAGGUGCGACAAUAGCCUUCAAUUGUUACAAGUUUAUAUGUAUAUAGUUUGUUAUGUGUAAUCGAAAUUUAUAUUUAUUCGGUUGAGAUAGAACUGCCUCUGUUCGUAUGCCCUAAAUCCGAAAAAUAUAUAUGCAACCCAACUCCCGA